UAACUUUACUAACAAAACAUACUGCUAGUGGAUGUUUAGUAUUUUGACAUAUUCGUUUCAUUGUAAAUUUUAAAGGUGUCUCAAGUUCUUUUAAUUCAAAUUUAUUGAAGAAUAAUCGGUUGCUUAGAACUAUCAUGGCGUUGCCACCUGAGAAGAUUUCUGAGUUGAAGCAAAUAAUCCACAACCAACUGUCACAGGGUGAUGUUCAGAGAAGGAUCCGGGAAAUGCUGGCAGAGAGUAUGCAGGAGGAGUUCGAGGGCAGCAAGAAUCCCAUGGGAGAGCAGGAGAUGUUCAACAGACUGAAGCAGCGCGGGGUGGUGGACAACAUCUUGCAGCAGAUCCAGUUUGAGGGCAGCACCUCCAAGCCUGCCACCCAUAUGCGUGGGGAACACAUGCUGGAGAAUAUAGCGGACAGAAAGACUAACAUCGAUCCCACGAGAAGAUACCUGUAUCUGUACAUAAAGUCUGGCAAGGCUUUCUUGGAGCAUAUAGAUGAUGACAGCGGGACGCCUGGGCAGGUGACCUCCUACUUCACCUUUCACAUCCUGUUCAGAGGUCAGAGGUUCAAGUCGAGGCCGGUUGCGUGUGCCUGUGAGCCGGACAUUGAUGAGGGCUUCCUUCUAGAACUGCACAAAGAUGGCGCAGGUGAGGCAGGUAAGAUGGCUGACCCGACCACCAUGCUGUCCAUCUGUGAUCCCAUCCACAUCGUGCUGGUGAAGACUGAUGGGCUAGGGGAAACCACUCUUGUCUCCUCCCACUUCCUGGAGUGGAGGCCGGUUCUCACCAACAGCAGCAGUAGACUGGCCACAGCCCUUGAGCUGAAGGGAACUGGUUCUGAGAACAAUGUAGCAGCGGGUGUUAUUGACAUUCAGGUGGAACUCUUCCCCAAAACCAAGCAGUCCCUCAGCAAAGAUGUCAUAACUGCCCAGAUUCAGCUGGAGAGGAGCAGGCAUGCGGAACAAGAGCGUCUGUUCCUGGUGUAUGCCAAGCAGUGGUGGAAGGAGUACCUACUCAUCAGGGAGGUGCAUAAAGAACGUCUCGUCAAGAUAUUCGCUCAGGAUGAGAACGGAAAUAACCGGCCUGUCUGCUCCUUUGUGAAGCCACUACGGGCCGGUCGUCUGCUGCACUCGGCACGUGAGGCGGCGCGGUUCGUGUCCCUGAUACACCAGGAGAGAACCCCGACACUGGGUGGCGGCGCUCGCACGGAGCAGUGGACUACCAUGCAUGCAUUCCUGGCCAGGAAUAAAGGGGACUGUGAGGACCAUGCAGUGUUGCUGUGCAGUCUGCUGCUGGGUUUUGGUCUCGAUGCCUACGUCUGCGUGGGCACCCAGAAGAAGUCUGCGCCGCACGCCUGGGUCAUGACUGUCAGCAUCGAUGGACUUGUCACCUUCUGGGAAAGCCUGAAUGGACACAGAUACAUACACGAGCCCUUAGACCCAUAUGCCCUGCCCAUGGACAAACGGCAUCGCCCGAAAUACCCCUACAAGACAGUGGGAUGCGUGUUUAACCACCAGUCCUUCUAUGCAAAUAAUCAGCCAACAGACAACAUAGAAGUGUGCCAAUUCAACCUGCGUGAUGACGCCCGUUGGAAGUCCAUGUCACAUGACGCGAUCAUGUCGGUGUGCGGCAGUGGCGCUUCCCCAGUGUGGCCCCAGUUUCCUCCCCUAUCUGCAUCUACAAUCGACCCAGCCCUGGCCAGCAACGACCUUGAGCAACAGUUGAGAGUGCUAGUCAUGGAACAUCGAAGGGACAUGGGCCUCACCACAGUAUGGGAUGAUCAACUGAGUUACCUGCUAUCACCGUCCCUUGCUGCCUAUGAAAUAGAGAGAACAAUUGGUUUGACCCCUGGCAACGAGGAGUUUUCCGACUCCAUCAAUCAGGCAGUUCCAGAUGGUCACACAUUCAAGGGAUAUCCGGCACAGUUCACACACCGAAAUGCCAGAAAAAUAUUUGCCACUUGCCUCAGACAUAAGGACUGUGAGCCAAUCAUUCAUUGCCGUGGUGACCAUGUACGUAUGGCUGUGAGGGUGUUAGUGCGCCCGUAUCCAGAGUCCACCUGCGCCACAUGGAUCAUGUUUGCUUGCAAAUACAAGUGUAUAGUUUGAUUUAUAGCAAUUACAAGUGUAUUGUUUGAUUUAUUGCCAAUACAAGUGAAUUGUUUGAUUCAUAGCCAAUACAAGUGAAUUGUUUGAUUCAUAGCCUAUACAAGUGUAUAGUUUGAUUCAUAGCAAAUAAAAGUGAAUUGUUUGAUUUAUUGCAAAUAUAAGUUCAUUGCUUGAUUUAUAGCAAAUACAAGUGUAUUGUUUGAUUCAUAGCAAAUACAAGUUUAUUGGUUUAUUCAUAGCAAAUACACAUGUUUUGUAUGAUUCAUAGCAAAUACGAAAUUUUUGUUUGAUUCAUAGCAAAUACAAGUGUACUGUUUGAUUCAUAGCAAAUACAAUUGUAUUGUUUGAUUCAUAGCAAAAAUAAGUGUAUUGAUUGAUUCAUAACAAAUACAAGUGUAUUGUUUGAUUCUUAGCAAACACAAGUGUAUUGUUCGAAUACAAUAGCAAAUACAGGUAUAUUGUUUGAUUCAUAGCAAAUACACAUGUAUUGUUUGAUAUAUAGCAAAAACAAGUGUAUUGUGUGAUUCAUAGUAAAUACAAGUGUAUUGUUUGAUUCAUUUGAUUUAUAGCGAAUUCAUGUUUUUGGAACGCACAUACUGAGCCUACGAAAAAACAUUGUAUAUUGCAGAAAAGGUGUGAAAUCUUUGUUUAUCUGAUAGAACCGAAUCUGUUUGUUUAAUAGUGAUCUACAAAGCUGAAGAUGAGAGCCUUGAAUUUAGUUUGUACAAGAAUUAUGUGAUACUUAUCGGAUCUCUGUGUUUUGGUUACCAAAAGCUAGACAUUUUAUAAUUCUAUCAAAAGUUUGUAAAAUUAUUACCAGAGCAUGAUGAGCUAUUGGGAUCCACAUGUUUCUUCUAAAUAUGGUGAAAAUUGGUCAGAAUGUUAUCUAGGGGCAUGUGCAUCCAAAAAUUUGGUUUACCAGAUCAAAUCUUAGAAAUACAUUCUCAGCAAUGUAGAGGCAACAUAUGACACAGUUGUGAUACAUUUUAGUCAGAAAAUUUGUCUUGACAAUAUCUAGGCCAGGUUUAAGUCACCUGAGUCCAUAAAACAAGGUCAUCAGCUCAAAUCUUAUAAAAACUUUAUUACCUCUCUAUAAGCCACAUUUAUCACUCAAUCUUGAUAAAACUUGGUCAGAAUGUUAAUCUUAAGAACAGCAAGGCCAAGUCUGAAUCUGGGUCACAUGCGUCCACAAACUAGGUCAACUGGAUAAACUAGGUCAACUGGAUAAAUCUUAAAAAAUCCUUUUAGUGUUGUAGAAGCCACAUUUAUAUUUCGAUCUCGAUGAAACUUGAUCAGAAUGGUCAUCUUGACCAUUUUUAGGUAACAGGUAAAUAAUCAGUUCAAAUCUGGGUCAUGUUUGUCCAUAAGGUCAACUAGAAAAUCUUAGAAUAACAUUAUAACCACUCUAGAGGCCGCAUUUAUAACUGAAUAUGUAACGUUUAUCUUUUACUGUUUCAUCAGUAAAAUAAAUAUAUAUAUAGUUUAUGAUUUAUGUGGCAAUGUAUUCAUAGUUUGUUCUUGUAUAGCCUAAAAUAAAAUACCUGAAUAUGGUGUUGUUCAUAUAGAUACUGUGAUAUUAGACUUUAGAAAAACAAUUGUUAGUAAUAUAACACAACUAUUGUAUCAACUAGAUAUACUAUUGUAUCUACUAGAUACUGCAUGUUUACAUGGCCGACAUAUAUUGUUAUGCAUUUUGUCUUGGAAAUACAGUAAGUAAACGAUUAUACUGCCAACAUGCCCAUACUUUGUACUGGAAUGCUAAAGUAUUUUAAUGUAGUUUAACUAUCAAUUUAUCAAGGUUUAGCUGAUAGACAUUCUUCAAUUCUUCAUUGAUCAAGAAGAUAAAUAUGAUAGAUCCGAUAGAUCCUGCAAAGAUGCUUGAGGCAUUUUUGUUGUUUUAUUAAACUAUGAUCAAAUAACAUAGUAGCGUUUGUGCCUUGUGGUAAGAUAGAUUGGCAUUAUGUUGUAUGUUUUUGGCUUCGAGCAUUAGUGACCACAUGUUAUGUAUAUAUUUUUUGGAUAAUAUUCCUAGGUAUUUUGAGAUUGUAAAUUCAUGUCCAGAGUUAUUCAUUUGAUGUUCAGAGAUGUUAAUAUGUCAGGUAACAUGUAUGUACGUUUUGUAUUUUUUAAGACAGGUUUGUCUGAAUGUCAAUGACUGAAUAUAGUUUUAUAUGUUGUUUUUUUGUAAGUUUAUUAUAUGUUUGAUAUUUAUUAGAAAAAAUUAGCAGCUAAACAAAUAAGAAUAAACAUGAAGAAACA